GUUAGUCAGUAUACAGUGCAGUGCAUGCAGUGUACUUGUGUAUGGGUGGUAUACAGGUUACACGUCAUUGGGGGAAGAAACUCAGGUAGUGAAAUCAAACGGGAAAUAGAGCCAAGAAGGAAAGUCCAUAUUUUGCCAAGGUGCAGUUCUUAAACAUAUUUUUGAUCAACAACCUCCACCAACCAUGGGUACUAUCUUCAGUGCAUUCACUGCGUUAAAAGAGCUUUUUGGCAAGAAGGAGAUGAGGAUAUUGAUGGUGGGUUUGGAUGCUGCAGGUAAAACAACCAUUCUAUAUAAACUCAAACUGGGUGAAAUCGUCACAACCAUUCCAACAAUUGGUUUCAAUGUGGAGACGGUGGAAUAUAAAAACAUCAGCUUUACAGUGUGGGAUGUAGGUGGCCAGGAUAAGAUCAGACCGCUGUGGCGUCACUACUACCAGAAUACACAAGGUCUCAUAUUUGUAGUGGACAGCAAUGACAAGGAGAGGAUGGUAGAAGCCAAGGAUGAGCUCCAUAGAAUGCUCAACGAAGAUGAACUACGCGAUGCUGCCAUCUUGAUCUUUGCCAACAAACAGGAUCUACCCAAUGCAGCCAAUGCUAAAGAAAUCACUGACAAACUGAACAUGCAUUCAUUGUCCACUCAGAGGAAAUGGUACAUCCAAGCUACGUGUGCCACAUCAGGAGACGGCCUCUAUGAAGGUCUCGAUUGGCUUGCUAACAUACUCAAAGGGAAGAUGAAGUGAUUUGAAAGAACACAUAACGUCAUCCGCUCAUCAAUGUCUCUCUGUUGCCACUGAUCCCAUUCAACACUGCUUGUGGUCCGAACAUCCCAGCUUAAGAUGCAGACAUUUUUUUUCUCUCUCUUUUUUAAAUAAAUAUUUGGAGUUAAUUUCAAUGCUUUAAAAGGAUUUCCUAUGUAGAAGUAUUAUCCUUAUGUGGAGAAACAAGCAGUAUUGAAUGGAGUGAUGUAAUUGUGGCUUGUGUGUCUGCAUAAUACAUUUUGAAAAAAAAUUCUCUAGUCACUUGUAUCAUAUUAGAGUAAUCAGUAAUGACUAAGUAAUACUAACAUGCAGUUUGGAACAAUUUUUCUGAAUGAUCUUAUAUGUAUUUAUGAUACAAACCCCAAAUAUAUCUCCAUGGACCAUCAAAUGUGACUGUUUGUCCCUUCUAGUAUGUAUAUAUUUCUUUCUAGAUGUAUACAAAACCAACUAACUUUUCCUUCUCUUACAUCAAGCUUGUUCAAUCAUUCCCUAAAGUACUUGUGUGAUUCUCACCAAUUCUCUAUUUAUUUUUCUCUUCAAUGACUACAUUUUCAUUUUAUUUAAAACAGUAGUGUAUCACUGAAAGGACUGUUUUAUGGAUUUUUCUCUUUUCUUUUCCCAAAACGUUUUGUAGAGUUGAGUAGGUGUGAAGAACUUUAAGAAGAAUGCACACAAUCAUAAUCACAAAGACUUUGGAAAUCAUCUCAAGGGCAUUUUCAAUUGUAUAUCCUGUAGAAAUCAUUUUCAGAUUAUGUAAUAUGUUGUUUUCAUGAUCACACAUUUCAAGAAGGUGGUGGAGACGAGGCCAGUGAAAUUUCCCUUUGUUGAUUUUUCGAAAGUCUGUGCGAUCUUGUUAAUCGCACAGGUUUGUUCACUUAUGUAAGAAAAAUAAAGGGCACCAACUUACAUUAGGCACAAAAGAUCACAUAGACUUGAUUUGGUCGGGCCGAGGGGCUGAUAUUGUGAUGGGCCUAUUGGGAGCUUUAUACUGAGACCAUACUCAUGCUACAUGUACAUGUAUAUCCAUGAUAUACCAUGAGUGCCGUCACAAUAUAUCCAAUUUUACUUCAUGGUGGAAGUUCUUCAUGUCACAUAAGCCACCCAUGGCCAAUUUAAAUCGUGGAAUUAAACAAAAGCAGUCCAAGACACUCGGUAUUUUAAGCCCCUGCAGACUGACUGUGGUGCAAGAGCAAAUAGUUCUGAGAUAAAUUUUAAUCACUGAUGUACAUCUUCCAGUCAAAUUCGGCAAAGAGGCUUAGCUAGAUAGAUGCACAGUGACUGUUAGUUUCAGCUUUGGUCAGCAGAUUUAUCAUAUUGCUUUCUUCAUUUAGAUUUUUGUUUUAAAGUAUGUAACAAGAGCUUGUAACAUUCACAUGUAGUUUGGACUAACUGCCUUUCCCCCUCAAGAGUCUAUAUAAAGGUAGGACUCUGAACCUUGCCAAGCAUAGCGUUGUUGAAGGUGGAGUGCAUUCCUUUAAAGCAGAAAAACAACAAAACUCGGCACUAGUGAGUAGUGACACAUAAAGAUCAUUACUAAACCCUAAAGGAAAAACAAUAAUGAAAGUUGAAAAGUUCACAAUGUAUCGGUUAUUAUUCAUAUCUUUAACAAAAUAAGAUAUUAUAAAUUAUCCAAUGAAUUAUCUUGAAUUUGAGGUUAAGGAACAAGUGAUUGCUAACAGUUGUUAGGGUCACAUUAAGAAGAAAAAAAAAGGUACAUGUAUUGCAAUGGUUAUGUAGCAUUAUCCCUCCCUGUAUAUGAUUAAUAACUUACUUGUGAUUUUUUGCAGUAUUAACAAUGAUUGGUGAUGGUUCACAUUUAUUUCAUUCCGUUUCUUCCUUACUGCCACGUAGGGCAGGGAGGAGAAUGGCUAUUUUUGUAAAUGAAGAAAAAUUGUUUGUGGAUAAUGUGAAUGGUGUAAAGGAUACCAGAAGGUUGUAUAAUGUUCAAGCUUUGUGUUGUUUAGAGCUGCAAAAGAAAUGUAUGUAGUAUAUACUUUAGGAGUAUAUUAGAAUGUUAACAAGACCUCUCAUGUACUCAUGUACUUUUUUUGAUUUGGGACUUUUCCUUGGUAUUUUUAAUAUGUAUUCAUAUAGAGGGAGCUAGAUAUUGUUUAUGUUGUGUAUAUACAGGAUAGAGAUGUUCAUGCAUGUUCAUACCACAAACUUUCUUUUCUUGUUCACAUAGUUUACUAUUUGAACAUUUAGAAAGUGUGUAGGCCUACUGUCUUGAAUUUGUGUUGUCAUUAUAGUUUACUUCUGUAGGUCUUUUUUCCUUUCUAUUUCACCAUCCAUAUACAUAUUUGUACAUGUGGUAUUUUUUAGGGAAUCACGUCUCAUGAAAAUAGUUAAGGAUAUGAAAAAUAAAGGUGAUUAUUCACACAUGCAUCCAUCAAGAAUGACCAAAUACUGUAUGAGAGAUCUUGGCAGAGGUUUUGAAAGCAUUCGUAAUUCUUGUGUAUAAAAUAUGUGGAAAGGGGGAACAAAAAGAAACACAACCAAAAAUGAAUGAAGUGUAUAAAAGUUUGGUGAUGGUUCUUGCAUUGUGUAAUCUAUCAUAACGUCAUGAAAUAAAUAAUAAUGGUAUAACAUAA